AACAGUAUUAGUUACGCCCAUGACGUUUGCACCGUACGUUUGUACUUAAAAUGUACCUACAUGGGAAUCGACAUAUUUGCCUCUAGUCUCUGUACAACUAGUGUUGGUCAAGCUUCCUGUCCAAAUGGAGGACGCUAAAGCCCCGUUACUCCAGAACGAGGUUACCCCUCCCCUUACCUACCAAGAUGGAGCCACAGUUCCCAACAUGCCCCAACCUCAGCAUCAAUAUGGCGCCCAGUACCCACAGCCAGGAACACCUGUUUAUUAUGGUGCAGUCACUCAAGCUGGAAAUUCCACCUUGAUUCUGGCCAUUCCCCCGACCUUCAGCCCUGACCCUGUCAACAUGCAGUGCACUAGCUGUGGACAGCGGAUCAUCACCGCUACCACCGUCUAUACAGGCCUGGCCACGUGGGUCGCUUGUGGAGCCAUCUGUGCUCUGGGUGGUUUUCUGGGCUGUUGUUUCAUCCCAUUCUGCAUGGACAGUAUGAAGGACGUGCGUCACACGUGUCCCGGAUGUGGGGUCCACCUGGGUACCUACCGUCGGAUGAAGUAACCCGGGGCAGCAGAUGUUGUGUUUGACUAGAAAAUGGCCCGUCUAGUCCGAAGUAUUCGGACUUCAUAAUAGAUGAUUAUAGAUGAAUUUUAUUUCUGUAGAUGAGCUUUAUAGCUAAACACUCUAGGCUUAUGCUCCAUUGACGGCUGUUUUGUGAUCUUAUGUGCUUGCACAUUUGUUAGAUGAAAAUACGGUUUAAGCUUCAAAUUGUUCAUAUGUAAGAUGCAUAAUUUGUGUUUGUUGUAAAUUCAGUUCGAAUAUUCUUAUAUUUCACAUUCAACUGCCGUCCAAAAAUAGACUAACUUACUUGUGACAAACAAUGAGAUACCGUCGCUAAAUUAUACUGAUAACCUUUUCGAGUAAUGUAGCAUAAAUAUUUGAUAUUUCUUAUUCAUGAUUAUGAAAAUAUGGUCCUCUAUCUUUUCUGUCCAAAUAACGCAUGUUGUUAAAAGUAUGAAAGUCCUCUCUUGAAAAAAAGAAGGCUAGAAUUAUUAUAUGUUUAUAAAGGUCCUGGUAAAUAAUAUUCAAAUACAAUUCUGUUAAUAACUUUU